GAAAUUGUUUUGCAUUUCUAUAUUACAUGUGUGCCACAUAGAUCUACAUCAACUAGGUUCUGUGUUUAUAGAAAUGUUUGUAUAAUUACGUGGAUUAUAUUAUGUUUUUGAUUUUCUAAAAUGGUAGACUUGGCAAAAGAAGCAUUUAGCACUAAUAAUUUUGGUCUUGCUGUUGAUAUAUAUGAGAGAACUAUUCGAGAGAAUGGACCGACAUUGGAGUUAUUUUUAGGAUUGGCCGAUAGUUUGGCUUUAGGAGGUAACUUUGCUAAAGCAUUUCAGUCUUACAAAUUUGCUUAUAGAUAUGGGAAAGUUACACCUGAAAAGCUAAAACAUUUAGUUGCCAGUUUGAUAAAGAGCGUAAAACAAGAUUUGGAUCAUGUGGGAUCUCAAAUUAAAAAGAAAACGUGUUUGUUUACAUGCGGAUAUUGUCUCGGACUACUAGCCGACCCUGUUACUGUACCCUGUGGACAUACGUUUUGCAGGCAUUGUCUUGAGAAAGAUAAAUCAAACUAUUGUGAACUAUGUGGAAGUGUGAACUAUCGAGGCAAACUUAAACAUUUAAAUUCCAAUUUUGUUCUUACUAAUUUAAUAGAUAAAUGGUUUCCAAAUGAAUGGAAAGCGGCUCGGUUAAAAAAGGAUGGAAAUGAAUUUUUUGCUAAAGGCAGUAAAGGGAACUUGAUACAUGCCUUGACGAUGUACACUGAAGCAAUCGAAGUUUCUCCUAAUGAUCAUCUUCUCUGGAGCAACCGUAGCCAUACCCAUGCUUCUCUGGAUCAAUUUGAAGAUGCUCUCGCAGAUGCUGAGAUGGUAAUAAAACUAAAGCCCCAGUGGCCAAAAGGAUAUUUUAGAAAAGGAUUUGCAGCAUAUGGACUUGGCAAAUAUGAAGAUGCUGCUGUGGCUUUUUUGCAGUGUCUUGCAUUAGAUCAGAAAGCCACCUCAGCAAAGGAUUACCUUUCCAAGGCUCUAGACAAAAUCUUAUCUGCUUUACCCCCUGAUGACCCCAAAACUGAAGCAUUGCAACAGAGAAGCAACCCUACAUUGUUGCAAAAGCUAGUAGAAAACAAUUUUAGUGGUCAGCUUCUGCUACCUGACAUUACAAAUACUCUACAAGACUUGACGAGAGCUGUGAAAGAUGCUAUCAGUAACACAGGCAGCACUUCCUAUGAGCCAGUGCCGCUCUUGGAGUCAAAAUAUAAAGAACAUUCAUCAAUAGAUAAAGGAACUGAGUCAAAUAAAUUGAAAUUACCAGAUGGAAGCUCAUUGGAUCAUUUAGAGAGUCAUCACUUAUUUAAUUCUGCAACAUCUUCACCUUUGCCAAGAAAACGUUCAAGAAACCCAAGUCUGACUCAGUCUCCACUCAGUCCCACCCACUCUUCACCUCAGAAAUUAUCUAAAUCUGUUAUAGACAUGAAUGCCUCUUCUAACAAGGCUCAGCUAGCUAGUGUAGAAUCAAGUGCCUCUUCUAACAAGACUCUACUAGAUAGUGUAGAACCAAGUGCCUCUAAUAAAAAGACUCAGUUAGCUAGUGAUCCCAUGUCAGCAGAUAAAAUCGUGGUCAAACCAAAGGAAAGAAAUGUGGAAGAUCUGGAGUGUGGUUUGUGUUACAGGCUUUUCUACCAGCCAGUCACCACUCCUUGUGGUCACACUUUUUGUCGCAAGUGUCUAGAUAGAUGUCUGGACCACACUGUUACUUGCCCAAUGUGUAAAGGAAACUUAGCAGAAUAUUUAGCAGAAAGAAGACAAGCUGUGAAUAUUGCCAUUGAAGGUAUUCUAGAGACCUACUUCAAAGAGGAAUACUUAGAAAGAUGUAGAAUGAAUGAUGAAGAAAUGGUAGAGUUAAUUAGAAUGGGAAGUGGACAACAGUCUGAUAUCCCUGUGUUUGUUUGUACAUUGUCAUUUCCAACCAUUUCUUGCCCUCUGCACAUAUUUGAGCCACGUUACAGACUAAUGAUUCGGCAAUGCAUGGAAUCAGGAAAUCGUCAAUUUGGCAUGUGUAUGCACAUGCCUGAUUCAGACUCUGAGUUUUCAGACUUUGGUUGUAUGCUGGAGAUAAGAGAUGUUCAAUAUUUUCCUGAUGGAAGAUCAGUUGUAGACACUGUCGGAGGAAGGCGCUUUAAAGUUUUAAGCCGUGGGAAACGUGAUGGUUACAAUACAGCUAGAGUAGAGUUUCUUUCUGAUAAGCCAAUCACAGGGGAAGAAAUGUUGGUUGUGAAUGCACUUCAGUUGGAAAUACACUCUGCUGUGCAAUACUGGCUGACCACAGUUCCAUCUUUUCGUCGGAAUAGAAUUAUACAGCAUUUUGGUGAGCUUCCAGAACCUGAUACCAAUCCGUCUACUGUAAAUGGCCCUAACUGGGCCUGGUGGGCUCUAGCUGUGCUACCAUUAGAUCCUCGAGUUCAGUUGACCAUGCUUGGAAUGUGCAGCUUCCAAGACAGACUACUUGCACUGAAAAAGAUAAUUGAGUAUUUAAACAGAAGGUCAUGUCAUUGACUAAUUUCAUGUUUUUUAUGGCAACUCAUAAUGGCUUCACCAAUCAACUUGCUGGUGGCAGCCAUAUCGCUUGCUGUCAUGGCUUUAUAUUGGUUGAGAUGAGACAUCAUUUGCCAACUGCUAAAUCAGCUUCAACAUUUAGUACUUUAAAAUACUGAUAUUUAAUUAAAACACCAAAUUGUGAAGAUUGUCUUAUCUGCGAUUCUUUGUAUUCAGGUCAAAGUAUACUUUAUAUCAAUGUAAUGAUAGUUUAUACAUAUUUUAUGAAAAUCUGAAGCAUGUGGGUUUCACUAACACAAGUAAACAGGACAAUGGUAUCUUACAUUAAUUAUCUUACCAGAUUAAAAAAAAAAACAAAAAAAAACUGAACUUUUAAUAAAGUUUAUAAAACAUAAUGAAUAGUUGUUUUCUCUCCAAGCAAUUAUCAAUAUAAAAUGAAUGUGUACAUCUGACAAACAUUUUACAUUCAAUUAAAGUAGUCAUGGCCAUUGUGUCAUGCAACUUUUGAAAUGAAAAUAAAUAUAUAGCUUAAAUUUACAUAAUAUUUAAAAAAAAUAAAAACAUAAGUGACAAUAUUUUUAGAAAUAAUAUCAUUAAUAGUUGGCAAUAUUCCCAAUUUAAAUCUAGGAAAUGCUGCUGAUAAACCAUCAAACACUCCUUUCUCACACUAUUCAAUUGUAAAGAAAAAAAGUUUCUAAUAACUUUUCACUGAUUAUCAUCACUUGUGUGAAAAUCUUUCACUGACAUUUACCACAAAAGUUUUUAAAGCUUAUCUUGAAGCUUGUUGCACACCAUCAAUUGUGUAAAAAAAAAAAAAUGUUAAAAGUGUAACAUAUUCAAACUGAGCAGAAACUGAUAUUAAGCUUGCGUCAAUUGUAUUUGUACAAAUAUGUUGAGUUUGUAACAUAUCAUAAUUGUAUUUUCAUUUUAUUUAGAUUCUAUUGUUGCUAAUCAGUUGAUUUUAAUAGAGGCAAAAAUAGAGAACAAAAGAAAAUGCUUACUUCAUCCUUCUGUUUCUACCAUGAGACUGUUGUGAUGAGCUGUAGUAGAUGCUCAAGCACCAGGUGUGAGGCCCAAUAAAGCUUGGUGUCUUCAUCUUUAUGUGUUGCUUUCACUAUGUCCAUCUGCCUUUUUCUUGGUUAUUCUUUUGCUCUGAAUCCCUAUUGCUUGAUUUUACGCUCUCAGGGCUGGUUAAGUGACUAGCUUUCUUAUUUGGCGCCAAUAGUACUUUUUUUUUUUACUGCUCUGUCAUGGAUUUGUUAAUAAGAUUGAUACAAUUCAUCCCCCUCCCAAAUCAGUGUGAAUUGUAAUUCAUAAAAGGCUUUGUAUGUUGUCUAUAAAAUUGUUGAUAUUAUAAUAAUGCUAUAGUGCAUGAAGAGUUAUUGAAAAAUGUAAAGUGUUUUUGAUUGAUGACAUUGGAUUAGCUAUUGAACACAAUUGCCAGUGAAAAAAAACUGCUUGCUCUAGAUGAGAUACAACUCAAGAUGGUUUAACAGUUUGAAGAAGUCCAUAAUAUUUGGACAUUAAAAAGUGUUGUCUCCCUAUUUUGUUUUUACAUUGUAUUAUAUUAUUCUCUAAAACUUAUGAAUUCAAAUGAACCAGCACUGUCUGUAGUGCAAGUCUUACUUCUCUAUCAUGAAAUGCUCUUAAGCUUUCUAUAUAAAGAGCAGUUGACACAUCUGAAUUGAAGUAUUCCAUGAUGAGAUAGGAUUUCUGCUAAGGAUAUAAUGGUUUCAAAAAGCAUCUAACAUGACAUUGUAAAAGUGUAUCUGCUAAUACUAUUGAGAAAUAUCACUACUUGCAUUUUCCAAUUUUCUUUUGACUGUCUUGACUAGAGUCUUCAAGCCCCCUCCUUUAUGACUCUUGUUACUGCUGGUUUGUUGGUUGAUAUACCAGUCACUAAACUGAACGCUCUUCCCAAAAGCGCCUUUACCAAAUUGUAAUGCUUCUCUUUGCUCAAAAUUAGCAGUAAUUAUUCAAAGCAAAGUUUGUCUGUCUAGCAUUCAUACUUCUUUACCAACACAAUUUAUGUGUGAACUAGAGUUACAAAAAAUAGUGUGAAAUAGCACACGCUUAGCACCUUAAAACUCUCUUAUUAUGCAAUACAUUUAUAACAAAGAGAAAAAGAAAAAUUAGAAGUCACUAAUAUAUCAUUAUACAUUUGUGUUUAAAUGGAAACAGUUAUAAUCUAUUUGAAGCAAGAACUGUCAAGGGUGUACUCUUUUAAAAUGUAUUAGUUUUGCAUUGCACUUUUUUUUAGUUGUGUAUAGAGCUGUAUUUUGUUUGAGAUUUUUGUCUACUUGGUCAAAGCUAUAGGAUCUAUUACAUGAUAAAACCUUCCAGAUUAGUUUUAUCAGCAUAGCAUGUGACUUCAGAGCUCCUGCCUACAUUAUGCCAUCUCUAUUACCUUAUUGAGUAGAACCACCAGACAAACUUGGUCAGUUUUAUGUUUGAAAAACAAAAGAAAGGUAGAGUCAUCUGAUUUGUAAGACUGAGGAGCAAGUGCUGAUGAUAUGGUUAAUACAUUUCCUUAAUAUGCACAUUUUCAUUUACAGUGGAUGCAUUUUUUUUAUAUAUAUAUAUAUUUUGUGUUUUACAAUUCUGUUUUUCUAUAUUUUUGUUGUAUGUUUCAUUUUACUCUUUAAUAUAUGCAACAUCUAUUGUGUUCACUUUCCAACAGUUCAAAUACUUUAGUGCAGAGGUUCUCAAACUUUUGACCAGGGGACCUUUUAUAUAAUCAAAACUUACACAUGGACCCCUAAGUGAAAAAGCUAUAUAACUGCAUAGUACAUAAGUUACUUGUGUAAAAAAAACAUUUUUUUGGAGAAGUGUUUAUUGAGUUUAUAGGUUUGUUUACAAUAAAAGUAUAGAAAAACUAAUGACUAGGAUGAUGCUGAUGUGAUUUCAUGAAAGUAGCAACCACAAUUCUCCUCAAACACACAUUUCUAAUCUUUUUUUUUUUGUGAUGUGUUUCACUAAUAUGGCAAUGAUUCCAUGUGGUGCCAAAUAAGAAGACAGGAAAGCAGUCAACAUACUUGUGUGUGAUGACCCAUACUGCAGAAUAUAAAAUUGAAAUCUGUUUUUGUAGACAGAAUUUGUGGUAACUUUUUUUCAAACAUUGGUUUAAGUUCCUUGUUUGUGGAUAUUUCAAUAAGCUGCUCCUGCGUUAGUCAGAAUUUAUUUGUGAUAGGGAUCUGAGGAUGUUCAUGCGCAAAAGGAUUCAAUACUAAGUCAGGAAUAUCCAAGAAUAUAUUCAAAUCUUUGGUUUAGGACAGUUUAGAAUAGGCCUAGAACGUAAUAGACAUAAAACAGUAGUUAGGGGCGAGUUGAUUGUUAUUAAAGUUACCUGAUCAGAUAAACUGGCUUUUAGUGAAGAAGUUAUUUCAAUUGUAUGCACAUUUCAUCUUUCAGUCAUCUCGUGGACCCCUGGGCCACAGUUUGAGAACCACUGCUUUAGUGCAUCGUAUAAAGUGACAUAUAUUGAAAAACUACUUUAGCCUUUUUUUUUUUUUUUUUUUCAUUAUUUAAUGUAUCUUCCUAUGUUCCCAACACAGUAGCUGAAUCAAUGUAUCAAUUUGUCCUGUUCAAAGAGUCUUAAAUACAUAAAUCAAAAUUAAUUUUCCCAAUAGAAAGAUUGUAUUUUAAUUAAUUAAUUACUUGGAAGGCAUAAGUGAGAAACAUAUAAAUAUUCCUUCAAAUACAUUUACAUAGUAUUAUAUUAUAGGACUUUUUUUUUUUAUUUUAUCAUGAUCAUAAUGUAUGAAGUAGCACUUACUUCUCAAGGUUAAUACAAUUAUCAACUGCUUGACUUUGUAUGCAAUUAUUGUUUUUGUAAUAACAUGUAUAUAUGAUCCUGUCCAAUUAUGGAGUCAAAAGUAGAUCUAGACUCCAGAUUUAUGUGUGUGUCAAAAACAACACUUGUUUGUGUAUUCUACCAUGUAUUUCACUGGGCCAAUAUUGUGAUAAACUUUUUCUGGUCUUGUUAUUUAUUAUUUUGACUAUCUACUUUGAGUAAAAGAUAAUAAUGAUAAACAUUUGUCUUGCUUGCAUCUUAAAAGUGAGAAAUGACAUAAACAUGGAUCUGGUUGAAGACAUAUUUAUUUAAUUUUAUUUUUUUUUUGGUAUUUCAUGGAAUAUUUGUGAUAAAUUUUGUAUUUUUGUGUUAUUUAUAGCUUCUUUUUUUUAUACUUUUUUUAAAAAUUAAAAACAAAAAUAUAUGCAUAUUAGUUUGAGUGUAAAGAUAACAUCCUGACCACGUGGUGUUUGUGUUUUACUCUGUCCUCAACAUAGUUCGAGCCCUGCAUGCUACUGAUGCAUCAUCCCCUGUUAUGUAGGAGGUUUGGGCUAUUGCUAAUAAAAGUUAUCCAAGGAAUGGUUUCAAUCUAACAAACAUAAAUAGCAAGAAAGAAACAAUGGAAAAUAGUAACAAUGCAGACCUAAGAUAAGGUAACUCUUUAGAGUUGAUUUGAACAACAUUGUUGGCUGGCAUUUAAAAUGAUUUAUGAAACUUUGCAUUUGGAUUCUUUUUUUUUUUUUUUUUUGUUUCAGCUAUCUUCAAAAGCUUUAUUCUGGUGUCAGAAUGUAUAGGCUAAUUGAUAUUAAUUUAUGCAAUAAUUUUGAAGUCAUGAAAUAAACUUUGUCCUCAAAAU